ACACGUUGACUGAUGAUAUGCUAUAGUAACAUUAUUCGUCUUGUUUAUCCAAUCAUAGUCCUAGUCGAGUUAAAAGAACCCAUAAGUUAAAAAACAGCAUAAUUGGAAAUAAGUAUGAUUGAGCAGAAAUAAGAAGAAAAAAAAAAAAAGUAAGAUAGAUAACGAUACUAGAGACUAGACUCAAGAGACGAUAGAGGUCAGAGACACUAUACCGCAAGUAGAGAUCAGUGAAGAUCAAAGAAGAUCAACCCCAAAAACAGCGAUAACUCGUGACAAUGGCGUUAUCAAAAUCUGUAGACAUUGUUUACGAACUGGUUGGAGCUUAUUUUCAUAGUCUUUAUACAACUCCGCUAAAAACGAAGGCUCUUACGAGUUGCUGCAUCGCAACUUUGGGUAAUUAUGUAUCACAGAAAUUAUCCAGAGCGAAGCACCUCAAUCACGAUAGUCUGAUUGCAUUCGCUUUAUUCGGCUUCAUUUUUGGUGGACCAGUGCCUCAUUAUUUUUACCAGCAUAUCCACAAGUUAACAAAGCAUUCGCUUGGGAUUCUGCUGAUAGAGAGAAUUUUGUAUACACCAUGUUUCCAAGUCUUGUCAUUGUACAUGCUCGCACGAUUUGAGGGAAAAACUCACGAAACAUCCUACGCUCAGUUGGAGAAGUUAUACUGGCCCGUUCUAGCGGCAAAUUGGAAGUACUUAACACUGUUCCAAUUUAUCAACAUAACAUUCGUCCCACCAAUGCUACGUGUGCUGGUAGUAAAUCUGAUUGGAUUCUUCUGGUCAAUAUACUUGGCCAAUAAGAGGGCAAAACAAACAGCCAUGGACCGAGCGCGCAAGGAAUAAGAGUUAGUAAAGUGAUAAUGGUUUAUAAAUAAUAUUAUUUUUUAUACACUUUUGUAAAUGCAACGCAUAAGAUAUGACAUUUAAUAUAUUGAUCAUGUCGCACCAAAUAUAGAGCGCUAUUAUUCCGUCUGCGACUUUAUGAAAACUUAGAAUAAGCUGUUAUAGCUCACUAAUGGCAAUUAUAUUUUGCUCAAUUAUAUUCCUUAUAUAUACAUGAAUAUGAUCCGUGUACUUAUCGUUAGUAUCGGACUGAGUGUAAAAUGUUUCAGGGCACAAGCUAAUUUCGAAAUGAGAAAUGACAAUAUUAAUUGUUAAACCUAUUCAAAGUGUUGGCCAAAUUAUAGGUAUAAAUAAAAAACAAAGCAAUAUUAAA